UAUCGGGUUGAAGUCGAUUUGUUACCAUCUCUAUUCCAUGUGGUAAUUUUAAUUUUAAUUUUGAAAUUAGUUAAACCAAAUGAAAGCCUAAAGAAAUGCUACGGAAAUCAAAGAAACAGCCCCAAACGGUGGCCGAAAAGGUCAGCCAACUGAUCGCCCAUCCAAACGAGAGCGACAGUGAGGAGGACUCGGACUUCGACGUGGCCACUGGGCCGCGCCUGGUUGAUUUUGAGGAGAAUGAGUACGAUCUGCCGGAUGCCCGCAGCACGGACUUUCGUAAGCAGAACGUGAAGCUGCUGUCAGAGCAGAGUGACCGCUACAAGGGCAAAAUCAGCAGUCGAAAUGAACUGGAUGAGGAGGAGGAAAGCGACCAGGAGGAGCUGCCCUACGAGGAGAGCGACGAGGAUGUAGACUUGGAAGCCUUCAAUAAAAAGUUAAGCGCCGCUAAUGCCAAGGGCGAAAAGGAGUCCACUGAGGAGGACGAUGAUGAAAAUGAGGAGAUGGCCCAGGAUUCCAGCAACCGAGACUUGGUAUCCGCUUUGGCAGAAGAUGGGUAUGAUGAUGAUAGCGAAGAGGAUGAGGACGAUGACGAUGACGACGACGAAGCAGAAGAUACUGACGAUGACGAUGACGAAGAAGAGGCGGAAGAGGAUGCCAUUAAACCCUCGGACCUUAUGUCCAAAACAAACCAUCAAGCAGAGAUCCAAAAGGGACUCUGCGUUCAAAAUCAACUGCGCAUUUGGGAGCGUCUUCUUGAGCUCAGGAUCAACACCCAAAAGUUCACCAGUAAGGCCAACCAAUUGCCCGCUCCGGACACACUAAAGCAACUUGGCUCAGAGAACGAGGAGCUUCAAUCGGUGCUGAAUGAGGCGCAGGAACGCUCAUCGAAGCUCCUGCAGCAACUGUUGGCCCUCCAGAGUGCUCUCCAUCAACAGAACUCCGAGAUGCGGAAGUCCGUAAAGCGGAAGCAUCCUUCAGAGGAGGCGGGGCCACCCGGCAAACGCUUUGGCAGCUGCCUGCAGAGCAACUUUCAGCAAAUUUCUAGCUAUCGCAACGAAGUCCUGCUCAAGUGGGACGAUCGCACCAAACUACUAACUCCCGGAGCGGGUGUAAAGCGUAAAUCAGUGCAGGAAGACUACGAUAUAAUCAAGAAGAUUGAAAGUGCUCUCGGCCAUCGGCAAGUGCUCGUGGAGAAGUCGCAGACUAUGAAGAACAAUCAGCCGGAACAGCCGGAGAACGAGUCCCCAAAGCGACUGAGCCACAUUUACGACGACAGUGACUUUUACCACCAGCAGCUCCGCGAGCUCAUCGAGUACAAGGCCAGCACUUCGUCCAACAUGAGCGAGAUUACCAAACAGUUUGUGGAGCUGCAGAAGCUGCGCCAGAAGAUGAAGAAGAAGGUGGACACCAGGGCCAGCAAGGGUCGCAAGUUGCGCUAUGUGGUGCACAACAAGCUCAUCAACUUUAUGGCGCCCAAUGAGGUCGGUGAUUGGACGGAGAGCUCCAAAUCCGAGUUGUACAAAUCGUUGUUUGUCUAGAAAAUAUUUAAAUAUAAUUAUAGAAUAUUAUAUAUACUUCAAUUAUUAAAAAAUCGGUAAAGUUCUUAAGAAAUUUCACAUUGAAAAGCUGAAAUUCCAAGUUGUUUCUUUAUAACAUAAACUUGAACCAUUUCCCAAAAACUUGGGAACUAAAGUCUCUUUAUAAAACCUUUAUAAAUGUUGAAUAAAGAAGAAAAGUGAAAAACUGUA